UGUAUAUUUCUAUACGAGUUUGUAAAUGGAUUUAUUCCGGCCCCGAAAACCUGUCAGUAAUAGCUAGGCGACGGAAUUUGCCGAGGAUUCAAUACCGGAAAAUAAAGCGGCCAGAAAAGAGGCUUCGCGAAGCAAGGGAAAUGCAGCAAGGCGAACUCCGGCGCAAAAAAACAACAACAAUUGCUGACAUGUGCAACGUAGCAUGCAAAACGGGGAUUUUCCGGAACUACUUGCGGGCAAGUGGCCAAAGGACCUGGAUGUCGGUGCUCCUGGUGCUCGUCCUUAUGGGUACCUUCACAGCCGCGGAACCCCUGAAAGUUAUAUACGCGGUCAACGCUGGCGGAGAUGAGCACACCGAUCUUAACGGGGUCCAAUACGAUGCGGAUCCUCUCAAAGGAGUUGGAAUAGCUUCGGACUACGGCAAACACCUGCUGAUGAUCGGCCGGGUACAGGAACAUGACGAGGUGCUCUACAGGACCGAGCGGUAUCACACCACUACAUUUGGGUACGAUUUACCAAGCGAUGGCGAUGGAGAUUACGCCUUGAUAAUGAAGUUCUGUGAGGUAUACUUUGAUGCGCCGCAGAAGAAGGUUUUCGAUGUGCUCCUAAACCGCAAGCACACGGUUGUCCGCCAGCUGGACAUCUACAACGAGGUGGGCAGGGGCUCGGCACACGACGAGAUUGUGUACUUUAAGAUCAACAACGGACGAUUAAACUAUGAAGGCGAGGUGUCCGAUGUGCGAAAUGGCCGCCUCCGGCUGGACUUUAUAAAGGGGGCACUGGAUAAUCCCAAGAUCAAUGCAUUCGCCCUGCUCAAGGGAGAUAUCUCCCAGGUGCCACGAAUGCAUGGUACCGAGGCGACUGAGAGGAUUAAACCGGAGGGUAAGCUGAACGCGGAACAGAAGAAAGCUCAGCAGGUAGAGAGGGUGGUGCGCAACCAGCGGGACGACAUUGAUGAGGAUGACGAGGACCUGGACGACGAAGAGUUUGAAGAGGAGCUUUCCGAGCAGAAUGUCGACAAGCUGGGCAGCGAUCAGCCGUCGCUGCAAUCGGACACAAAGCGGUCUUACAGUGGCCCCCGCCAACCGAAUCCAUACUCCAUGGACGACUCAUCGAUCUUGCUACCAGUUUUCAUCGCCAUCGGGGCCUUUAUACCACUGCUGUUCUGCCUCUGCAAGCUGUGAUCCCCAUCCGUUGCUCACUCAACGCUUUCGCCUGCGUUGGUUUCCUGCUUUGUGAUUUUGUGAUUUUGAUAAAAGACUUAAUUAUAUACUUAUCGUUUAGUUCGUACGUUACGCACUCCUUAGAGUUCGGUUCCCUUAUUCCCAGGAUGCAAAGCUCUCUAACGCCCUGUACUUUCCAUAUUUGAUAAGCAAUUCUUUUGUGUUCUUCUCGUUGACCACUGCCGUCCCAGGCUCGUGUACUUAAUCGUUGAGUCACUUGAUUUCAAUUCCCGGAUCGUUUGACCGCUUGACUAGGACAAUGUGCGCAAAAGGUUAGAUCGGUUUUUGAGACAGUUUUUGCUUGGGAACUGUUGGUUUUGAAUGACAUUGAAUAAAAUUAACCUUGUUUGUUAUUG